AAGGGGAAAAGAUGUCGCUAUGGUAACGGAUUCAACCUCCGCUAAGUUUAGCUUGUUAGCAACCGUCAGUCUCUUGUAUUUGCUCUUUGUUGGAAUUAGUUUACACACAAGUCAUGGAGGGCUCAAAUACUUAUCUCAUACGACCUAAUCAUCAGCACAAAUUUAAGUCGGCAAUUGUGAAGGAGUGUGUUCGUGAAAUUGUGAGGGAGCGGCUGUCUGGGUUGCGGUACGACCCGGAGGAAGUCCCAGAGCUCUCCCGUUCACUGGCAGAAGGCAUUAAAGACAAAGUGAAGGAUGCUGGAUUUGAUAGGUAUAAGCUUGUCGUGCAGGUGGUCAUUGGAGAACAGCGGGGACAGGGAGUCAAGAUGUCUUCCAGGUGUUUGUGGGAUGCUGACACAGACAGCUAUGCAGAAGAUGUUUUCAUUAAUGACAGCUUGUUCUGUGUGGUAGCAAUUUUCGGAAUCUACUACUACUGAGGAGACAGAUGACAGGAAAUUCUUCCAGAUGAAGAGAUGGCUCACUAUCAGCAAUUCAGGUCCAAGGUUUUGUGAACUAGUAUUGUAUGUAAUUACUGCAUCUUGAGAUCAGCACAAAUACCACCCAGUAGAGAAGUGAUGGAUAUCGGUGCUGAUGUAAUGAAGGACCUACCUGGGAUUUUCUGGUAGGAGGAUUAAUAAAGACUGAUGCUGCUUUUGUAGCAAAUUUUGACAUGUCUUACUUCAAAGCAUUCCAGUUUUAAGUCAUGAAAUGUCACUGAAUCAGUCCUCAGGGAUGGAAGUAAGGAGUCACAAUUACUCUGACUACUGUAAUGAAGUAAAUAUUUUUAUAUUUCUAGUUUUUGAAUAUUUUUUUAAAACCUGUAAUUCUAUUUCAGCUUAACUAUGCUUAAUUUGAGGGUAUUUUACCCCACUACAAUGUAGGUUGCCUUAGUUACAGAGUAAAAAAAAGGAAAAAAAUGAAAGAAAAAGAAAGGAACUGUGUGCUAGGAAAGGACAUUACACAGAGAAACUACGAUUCUGUCAGGCCUGUGGCUGCUGGACCAGGAUAGUGCCUCCUCCCCUUUCUCUCUGCUCUUUUCUCUCCAGGUGUGUGCGGUUGAGACUGCAGCGGCAGGUGUCUUCAAUCUGUAAUCAUCGUCAUCAACUGGCAGGAGCGGGUGGAGAGCAGCCAAUCAAACUCCACUCUCACAGCAAUAUAACCUGACGCCACUCAGCUCUCAGUGCUGGAUCGUGAUACCAACCACACUGGAUCCACCUGCUCCUGUUUCCAUUCCACCUGGUUCCACCAUUGGUCAUCUCCAGUCCACUGCAGAGUCGUGUCCUCCGUUCCACAGCCCACCAUCUAGGA